AUGCCAGAGGCCAGAGGCCAGAGGCCAGAGGCCAGAGUGCUGGUGCUGUUAUCAGCAACGUUCGUGCUCAGCAUGAUAGGGACAGUGUUCUUCUGCUUCACAAACACAAUCAACGACGCCAUAUUGUCAAAUAUGGUGAUCCGCAACAACUCCCUAGCCUACAAAGUGUGGCAGCGGCCGAACGUCCAGCCUCUGAUGAAGGUGCACGUCUUCAACUACACCAACUGGAGGGACGUCAGAGAUGGAUAUGAUGAUACCUUCCACGUGGAGGACGCUGGGCCCUACGUCUACUCGCAGCAGGUGGAGCGAGUGAACGUAGCCUUCAAGGGAGAGCAGCUGACCUUCCAAGAAAUGAAUGACUUCAGGUUCCUCCCCAACCGGUCAAGGGGACCUGUCUUCGAUCAGAUCUCAGUGCCUAACAUGCCUUUAAUGGGACUGUCAAAGGUGGUGGAAGCGAACUUCAACCCUAUAACACAGUUUCCAGUUAUAACAAUGCUGCCUUUUGCCAACCAUCCUGAAGCAUUUGUGCAACUCCCUCUACACAGAUUCCUCUGGGGCUACGAAGACUCCAUCUUCAACGCUGCCAAACCACUGCUCAGCAUUCGUGGAGAAUUGAAAUUCAACCAGUUCGGACUGUUGGCUGCUAAAAACCAGACGUUAUCUGAGAAGCUGACCAUAAACACAGGGGUAGAAAACAUGGACAAAAUGAACAUGAUCGAAGAAGUGGACGGGCAGAGCCAGCUGGAUAUGUGGACUGGACCUGAUUGCAAUAGUAUAGACGCGACUGAUGGCUCCAUCUUUCCACCAUCCCAGCUGGACAGGAAGCAAGUGCUGCAUGUGUUCUACCCUAACUUGUGCAGAAGACUACCCUUCCAUUACGAGAAGGAUGUUGAGCUAGACGGCAUCCCCCUCCUCCGGUAUCGUCUGCCCCACAAUGUGUUCGACGACCCCAUUAACAACUCAGACAACCAGUGCUACUGCGAGGUGGAUUCUGCCACUUGCCCCCCUAAAGGGGUGAUUAACAUCACUGCUUGCGCUAUGGGUGCUCCAGCCCUAGCGUCCUUCCCUCACUUCAGCCACGGAGACCCUCGGCUCCAAGUUAUGUUCUCUGGGCUACACCCUGAGCGGGUGUAUGACAACUACCUGGACAUACACCCAACCCUCGGCAUCGCUCUUAGAGGGAAGUCCAGCUUACAAAUCAACGUGCAAGUGAGGAAAUCCAGUUCGUUCACGGCACUGAGUUUUCUACCUCAAGGUCUGAUCUUACCAGUAGCGUGGCUUGAAAUGGCCGUAGAAGAACUACCAGAGAGUCUCCGCACCCUGAUCUACCACGGGACCUAUUCCACAGCCGCUGCUCAGCUAGGCUUAGCAGUCGGCAGCAUAGCAUCGCUCAUUGUCUCUGGCAUAUGCUUGUUCAUGCUACUGAUCGGAAGACGACCAAAACCCUGUGCGACUGUGAAGAUACCCAUCGAACUGAAAAGUCCAGAACCUUGAGUGGAAGUUAGAAGUGUUGAAAGUUAGGUAGAAAAUCUCUUUUUAUCGUGGAUCUUAAUUACUCCACUUUUAUGACAAUUUCGAAUACAACCUGCUCAAGUUAACUGCGCACUAGGCAGCCGUGACGUCACAUCGACAUUCCAGCGAGGUACGCAGUUAGCUCGAUCGGUUUGACUUAAACGGUGGACUUUAAAAAGAUCUGUUUUUAAAACUGUAAAUAUAUAAAAUAAAUAAUAUAAAUCAUU